GAGGAGAGAGUAAUGCGCAUGCGGGCGUGUCUCCCGGGACUCUAGAGCAGGCGAGCCCCCGGCACUUUCGGUAGGUUUGGCUUGCGCGGGUUUUUGCAGAUCUGGGGCGAGCUUGCACGUCGUAUCGCCGGUGCAUCUCUCCUUGCUUGCUUCCGUUGCCACCACUUAGGCCUCUAUUGCAGAAAUCGCCAUACACUCUUAAGGGCCGCAGAAUCGGGAAGACCUUGCUGACUGAUUGGCACGCUCUUGGCAGAUCUACGUGCACAAGUUGGACGGAGACGUGUAGAUUUCAUUUUCCCCAGCUUUACAGCUUCUCUUUGGCCCUCGGGCCAGGUUAGCUUCUCAGGACAGGCCUCCCCAGCCUCGACCCGGAAGCUGAGGGGGAAAAACUCAGAAAAGCAAUUACUCCUCCCUGGUGAGGCUUCUGGAGGAGCAUUAAUAGCGACAUGAUUCCACUUGCAGCCCUAUAGAGAUUGGUUUCUCUGUCUUCCCUUACAGUCGUGGUCUUAACGUUCCUGUGUUAAGUGCCAGAAUGAGUGACCGCUAUCUAGAACAAAGGAUUAGUAUCAAAUUUUGCGUCAAAUUGAACAAGUCUGCAAGUGAGACCCACCACCUUUUAAAAGAAGCUUAUGGGGAUGAAGUCAUGUCCAGGGCCAGAGUUUUCGACUGGCACAAAAGGUUUAAAGAAGGGCGGGAAGACGUUCGAGAUGACGCCCGAAGUGGCCGUCCAGUCACCCACCGGACGGAUGAAAAUAUUCAGAAGGUCAAGGACUUGGUUUGUUCAAACAGGCGGUUGACAGUGAGGAUGAUGGCCGAAGAGUUAAAUUUAGAUAAAGAAACUGUUAGACUCAUUCUGAAAGAAAACUUGAAUAUGAGAAAAGUUUCUGCAAAAGUCCUCUCGGGUAUUUUGAAGGAUGAACCUCAGCCUGGGAAACUUGACUUUCGGUCUGAUCUUUCAAGGGAAACUAGGAAAAAUAGCUCGUGUGUAAGGAAAAAGAUAACAAGUUCUGAAACAUGGACUCAUCUCCAGUGUGAAGCUGGCGGGGAGAUACCUCUGCCUGUAUCUCAUCCCCAGAACCACUUCCCUGCCAGCCAGCUUCUGCAUGCUUCAUCAUCAACAAGCCUUCCCACCAGAGCAGCUCAGGACUGGUUCACACCAUGGUGAAAGGAAUGUGAGGUGGCCGAGCCUGAGGUAGAAAGCUGCCUCACAGUUGGGCACCUUCCUUUGCUGCCCCUCCAUUUUCAGUCUUUACCAUUCCUUCCCCCAUGUCACAGCCCUCCCAGUUACUCUUGCUGGACUGCUGGGCCAUCCUCCAGUUUUGAAGAACUGCUGGCUGUUGACUGCUGGUACUUGUUUGUUCUUGAAUUCUUUUGCUUAACGAGUUUGGAUCUCCUUGCUGCCCAGACCUUAGCUUGUGGCUAUCCUGUUCCCGUGUUCUCAACAUCCUGCCUCAGGGGUUCAUACCAUUGAAAGGUGGGAACAGGACCCCCUGGAGUCUUUCUGUCCCCAGGAAGGCAUAUUCUUCUGGGAGGACCCCAAAAGAAGGCCUACAGUUCCAGCCUGCUUCCCAGGCAGGGCCUGAGGUAUGGUACAGAAGGCUGUGGCACGCCGACCUAGUGAGCAAUGCUAAGGGCAUAUCCAGCCCAAAUGACUCAGUAGGAACCCCUCAGUAUUGAGAGGUUGGCCACCCAUACUAAUCUCACAGACCUGUCUCUCACAGAAGAGCUGGAUUUGUUUCAUUAGUCCCAUGCUUCGCACCCCCAUUCGUUUGGGUAACUCCUCUGCUGGAAAAGGAGGAUUUGGUCCUAGAAAAUAUAAGUGAGGAGACUCAGGCCCAGGCUGUGAUGUGUGAGGAAGAAGACAAGAGGAUACUCUAGACCUUGAAUUAAGGACGUCUGCUGCUCAUGUGCUGAUUCCCACACAGCUAUAACUAAUACCAACACUGUCGGGUGUUUUUUGAGCACGUGCAGUUUUAAAAACACUCCUGGGCAUUGAAAGUGUGAAGUUAUAAAACACGGUCACCACAAGGUGGGUGGACUUCCAGAUGAGAUGAUUCCUGAACUGGAUCCAUAAGGAAGGGUGAGACAGGAGGCUAGGAAAUUAGGGGAAGCUUCCCAAGCAGGUGAAACAGCAUGAGGCUUCAAACCUGCAUCAGUAUGAAAAUGAUGGCGCUCUUGGCUGAAAUAGCAAAGUCUGGAGGAAGAUAAUAGUGUUGCAGAAGAUGAACAAUUUGGGAUAAUUUGCUUCCCUUCCUCUGCCCCAGCUAUGCCAUUAUUUUAUAAAUUGCUUCCCCUGAGUCUGUGGCUAGGUUUAUAAUAAUUCACUUAUUUGAUUAUCUAAUUUUUCCAUCAGACCACCCCCCCCCCAAUGCCAAAAAAAAAAGCAUUCUCUGCAAGUCCGAACUCCUUUAUCUCUUUCUGCCUCUCUGCCAGGAUUUAUGCAGUGGAACUUUUCCCAAGUGGAUUCCAAGUAAUACCACAUAGACUGGAGACAUCUCAGAAAUGCCUGAUGGAGAUGCAGUGGAAAGUGGUUAGAAACAGCAUUUCACAGGAAUAGCCAAUGUCUGUUUUUCCCAAGGGUUUUCACAUGCAAAGCUCCUAUUAUUGAACUAGUAGAUUAGUAAAGCAUAUUGGUUGAGAGAAGCCCGGCACUUAAUUAUUCAACACAGUUAUUUUUAGUUCUGUUCUUUCACUAUCUCUGUCCCCUUCAAAAAAUGGCAUGUUCCCAACUAACACCUGUCAGUUUUGAGGCACCCUUAAACCUACACCUUAUGCAACAAAUAAAAGAUCUUGUGCAAGAAAAAUCUUAAACCAAACAACAGCUCAUAGACUUCUACCUACUUAGCGAUUUGUAGACUUUCUGUUUCAGGACGUCAUGUGACGUCUUCCACAUCAGAAGAGGUUCUGGGUUCCCCACAAGCACUUGCCACCAGGAACACUGCACUUCUGGAACAAAGGCCCCGUACCUGGCUGUUGCAACUUUGGGGCUGAACCUCAUUAAUCCUUGCUAGGUUCAGUGGUAAUUAUUGGAGAAUUGGAUGCUCCUCGGCCAGGGCCAGGAUCCUACAACAGUAUCUCUAGGCAACAUCUCCAAGCUGAGAGAACUUAUUUCUGGACUCAUUCCUGUCCUGUAAACAGGGCUGGCGUGAGCCUUCCAAAGAUGCUGGACCAAGACCAUGCUGGAGCAUAGGGUGCCACAAGCAAUGGUGGCCCAGACAGGGUUUGGACACAGCUACUGGAAGCAGGCUGAUCUCCGUCCCCAUCCGCAUUCUGGUUCAAAAUCCACACGGAAUGUUACAUUCCACAACUAGAAGUCCACGAGAAUAGACACCUUCCAGGGCAGAUCAUCCCAUCAGUGAUUUUAUCUAAUUCUUCCUCUGCCCCUCACACCACACUAUUUUACUUCCACCUGUCCCACUGGUAAUGAAAAAAAAAAAAAAAAACCAAAGAAUUAAAUAUUCACCAAUCUUUGAUUUUAAAAAACAUGUGGAUAGUUCUGCAAUGUUCUGAAUUCUGCCCCUGGUUCUGAAUCCUCAAUGAAAUGUUAUUAUUUAGGAAGAAUGUGUACCUGGCACCUGCUUUCCAGAGACUUCCUUUCAAAUCCAUUUCUUAGAAUUCAGAUUUGCCAGUGAACAUGCCUUGAUAAAUGUGGGUGCCAAAUGACUUGAGGCCAUCUAGUAAAGGACGGCGAUACCCUUGGGGAACUGUCUCUACGUCACAUGCACUGCUCAGCCAGCCUGCUAUUUGCAGACCACUUCACCUCUAGGUCCUUGGGAUUGGGUCUCACAGGGUCUCACGUGGCUCAAUUAACAAGAGGUUCCUUUGCUGCUGGAACUGUAUAUGUAACCCUGUGUUCUCCAACUGCUUCUUGGUUAGAUCAGACCUCUCAGAUCUUACCAGGCUUUACACACUAUCCAAGGCAACCCUCGUGUAUUUCUCUUCUCUAGUCUGCCGUAUCAGAUCCUUGCAAACACUUAACAGUUGCAUCACCCUUCUCCAGUAUUAAUAUCUAGAAAUAAAAAAGCUAUAGUGGGGAACUUCGAUACUUCCAACAACCCUUGGAUCUCGUAAAGGGGUCAACAAAAACUUUUUCUGUAAAGGAAAUGUCUUAGGAUUUGUGGGCCAUCCAGUCUGUGUUGUAACUGCUCAGCAUUUUAUUGCAAAAGCAGAUAUAGCUAAUACGGAAGUAGGUGAACAUAGCCGUGUCCUAAUAAAACUUUAUGGAUACUGUAAUUUGAAUUUCACAUGUUACAAAAUACUAUUUUGAUUUUGUUCAACCAUUUAAAAAUGUAAAAAACCAUUUUUAGACUUCUUAGCUUAUACACCACAGAAAAGCAGAUGAUGGGCCAGGCUUGGCCCAUGGACCAUAGUUUGCCUGCCCCUGGUCCAAUGUAUGUAAAGUGUGUAUAUAAAAUGACAGAUGACUGAUCCUCUUCCAUCGAUAAUGUUAACGCCAUAUUGAUCCACCAGUGUCUGACCACUUACUGCACGGAGACUGUAGAAUAUUGAAGGGAAUCUUUAUGAUGCCAGGAGAGUGAACUACAACUGAAUGAUGGACUGUUUAUCGUAACCACAUUCUGUUUCACAAAAUAAGUUCUAUGCUGUUUUUGACUAAAAGUGAUAUUACACAAACUACUACCUAUAUUAUGCCCUUAUCGUAUCUCAGAAACAAUUUUGGCGAUGCUGCAAAUGGUUCCAAGUUGCAACCAGUGAUAACAAGGAGCUGAAGGUGGUUCCAAAAUUGCCUUGACCAUGGGCAGCAUUUGAAUGAGUUUAUGUUCUUACCUAUGAAAGUGACUACUGUGGAAGCGACAACACUCACGAUUCAGCGCACGCUGGGGCCAAGGGUGUACCCUUGUUUUACUUGCUUUUCCCCCAAAGAGAGCCGUAUUGUGUCACCUUUAUUUAAACUGGUUUCCCAAAAUUGAGAUAGAAUCUCAGGAUUGAACAGAUGUUUACAAAGGUAUUUAAUCCAGCAAGUCAAGUUUUUCUUGAAUCCUGGAGUGACGAAAUACUACAGCUGCUGAAUAGUUGCAUCUGAAAGAAGGUUCUGUGUUAAUUCCAAAAAUUUUUGUCAAGCGACUAUAUGUCCCAGGCACUGUCCUGUGUGCUGAAGUGCAGCAAUGGAGAAAACAGACACAGGCCUUAGAUCUGACAGUCUAAAAUCUAAUUAUAUUACUCUUCACCCGGGUAGAACUUCUCUUCCAUGUGCCCACACUAACUUAUUGUUAAUUGCAUACCUGAAAAUAGGUAUGACCUUUGCCGUAAGUCUCUGUGCUGCGGUCGUGAAGCCUCUCCAACUGCGUGAAUACUUUGAGGACUCUAUGUUCCACUUAGAUUUUAUUAUCCUUUAGACAGAUCUGUAUUGGUAGGAAAACACGCUGGCAGUGUUGGAAGUGUAAAUUGGCAACAGCUUUCUGAAAAGCAAUUUGGCAGUAUCUAUCAGGAGCUUUAAAAAUGUUUAUAUCUCCUGAUCCUCUAAUUCCACUUCUGGGACUCUGUCCUAAAGAAAUAGUCUAAAAUGUGGGCAGAAUUUAUGCUUAACAACCCAGAAGUCCAACAGUAGAAAAUUGGUUAAAUAAAUUACAGUAUGACCAUACAAUAGACUAUUAUGCAGUCAUUAUAAUUAACAUUUAUGAACAGUUAAAACACCAUGGCGAAAUGCUUAUAUUAAGUGAAAAGGGUGUUAUACAAAAUAGUAUAUAUAAAUCCAAAAUUGUCUCUUUUUUUUUAAAGUUUAUUUAUUUUGAGAGAGAGAGAGAGAAAGCACAAGUCGGGGAGUGGCAGAGAAAGAGGGAGAGAGAGAGAGAAUCCCCAGCAGGCUCUGCACUGUCAGCACGGAGCCCCAGUUCAGGGCUCGAACCCACAAACAGUGAGAUCAUGACCUGAGUUGAAGCCAGUCACUUAACUGAUUGAGCCACCCAGGCUCAGUCUUUUAAAUGACCAGAACGGGUAUGCCAACUCUGUGUGGUUGGGUUAUAAGUAUUUUUUUUUUUAAUUUUCCAUUUCUUCUCUUUUAAACAACAUUUGUCCAAAUGUGAUUACUUUUAUCAGAAUAAGACAGUAGCACCAAAAGGUGGCGAUGGAAGACAGUGAAGGCCAAACCGCUAGUUUGGUCCAUGAAUAAUGAACUGUCUGGGUGGAUACGGAGGCUGUAUGCCAUUGCAUUGCGGGUAGCAAGAGUGGGACAGAAGGGAAAAGGGCCUGCCCGAGAGGAAAGGCAGGUGACCAGGAUCCCUACAAAAAAGGCAAAGUGGUAUGAGAAGGUACCAUGUUAUGUAAUCCUAGGUAAGUAAAAGCACGAAUGGAUCAGGUAUGUUCUGACAAUGGGAAAGGAUAUGGAAUACUCUCCUGAGCAAAAUUAACCUCAUUCUCGCAUUCUCUCAUACAAAGUGAAUACUCUCAAGAUGGAUUUUAUUGCAGUUGAUUCUCUGAAGAAUCCUUGAGCCUUCCAUAUCAUUUUUUUUAGGAUAGAAAUGCCUAUUGAUGUGCCAAGCCUGCCUCCUCCCAUACUGGGAUGCUCAAGCAACCUGGAUGCACAUGGAAAUAUUUGGUAUUCCAAACUGGGAAUCCCACAGCAUAUCAUGAGUCAUCGUAAUGUUGUAACUUACAAAACUAAAGUUUGCAAAUGUUAUUUUGGUGGGAUCUGGAAUUGCUGUGCUUUUUAUCUAUGUCUUCAGAGUAAUCGUGUUACAGGAUUUUAAAGUGAGAAAUGAUGUAGCUAAUGCCUAUCCAUAAAUGCGAGUGUUAUGUUGGGAAAAUGUGUCCUCCAUUGUUGCUGUAGCAAAACGUUUAUCAUUAAAAUGCCAAACAUCUCAGUAAAAUUUCAAACUUUCA